AUGUCUUUUAGACUACGCGUCAUUAUGGCGUACCCUGGCGAGGUACUCGGAGACUCGGGGACCUCCAAUGCAUCGCGCUCUCUUAAAAAACCAGCUGGCAUACCCGAUAUCUUUUCAGACACUGACUUACGCGAAUACAAGCGGUUUCUUCACGUCACAAACCCAUCAGCUUCGCUCCAGCAAGUAUGUUCUGGAAUCGUGGACCAAUACAUUCGACUAUAUCCUAAUGAUGGUGACGUUGAAAUUGAAAAACUUCAAGAUAGCUUCAACUGCGACUUGGAUCCAGAUUAUGUCGCCAGUGAAGCAUUUAAUAAUGGUGAUGUUGUGGUUGCUGUUUUAUCUGGACCUCCUCACUCUACAGAACAUGUUCAACAAUCCAAUCCCCGGAAAAGAGCCCAACCUUCAAACGUUUCCUUUGGAGCCAUUGAAAACGGGCAUGCAAAUAAACGUGCUCGUCGCAGUUCCAUUUGGCUGAAUACUAGUACCUUAGUUGCUCGCGAUGAGUCUGUUUUGGGGCAAAGCUUCAAGCCCCAUGAAAAUGUGAGCGUCCGCAAGCGCCGUUCAAAAGCUGCUCACGAAGAUGAAGACAUUGGUAACUCCAGUGUCAUUUCGCUUCCUCCCCCAUCUUCAGCAGAAAAAAAGAUUCCUGAUCCACACAAGUCUUCUCCAGGCGGACAUGAAGCCCAUAAUACCAGUUUGCAAGAUAUCUCAAAGGCUUUUGAUGGCACUGUCCGAUUUUCUCCGCCUCCACCACCGCAACCUUUACUACAGUCUACUCCUCAUCCUUCGCCGGUAGCCAAUCCAAAGAGCACAUCUGCAAAGAAGACAACAACCAAACCUACUGAAAUUUCAAGUCCAACGACUUCUAAAGCAAUAAGCGCUAAUAAUGGAAAGGUUCAUUCUGAAUUAGAAAAGGGGGGUACCACAAACACAAAACAAAUAGAAAAAGAUCAUUCUCUGAAGCAGACCCCUAAAAAAUCUGCAAAAGCUCAGGCAGAGAAACCUGGCCAGAAGGUGGAUACUACUCCAAAAGCUUCUUCAGAUAGUGUAGUUGAGAGUUCACAGGGAAAGGUUGUAGAGCCUAAGUCAAAGAAACUUACAAAGGCUCAAGCCGUAAAGUUGGCUGCGGCUGAAAAGAAAACUUUGGAAAAGACAGUGGAGCUUAAUUCUGAAACCCCGCUAGAAAAGGUUGCGGAGCCCAAACCUAAAAAACUCACCAAAGCUCAAGCUGCAAAGCUAGCUGCUACCGAAAAGGCUUCUGCCGAAAAUGCCACCACUGAAAAGACCGAUAAAGGCGAAGAAUCAUCUAAAAGUCAUGCUGGUCCUUCUACUGAGGUGAUUACUAAGGGAUCUAAUAAAAAGCCUGCUGAAAAAUCCACUGAAAAGCCUAUCGAAAAGUCUAUUGAAAAACCUGUCGAGAAGUCUACUAAAAAACCUGUCGAGGAGCCUGCCGAAAAGCCUGUCCAACAGGUUACUGAAAAGCCUUCUGAAAAGCCUUCUGAAAAGCCUGUACCUAAGAAGCCUACUAAAGCACAGACUGCAAAAUUAGCAGCUUUGGAAAAGAAACAGGAAGGUUCUCAAGAUAAUGCUACGGAAUCUGUUGCUGCUAAGCCCAAGAAACUAACUAAGGCCCAAGCUGCGAAAUUAGCUGCGGCGGAAAAAGCUGUAUGGGAUAAAACUGCUACUGAGAAAACUGCUGCUGAGAAAACUGCUGCUGAGAAAACUGCUGCUGAGAAAACUGCUGCUGAGAAAACUGCUGCUGAGAAAACUGCUACUGAGAAAACUGCUACUGAGAAAACUGCUGCUGAAACUAACACACCUAAAAGUUCCCAAGAUAAGCAGCCCGCUGAGUCCGUUGCAAAGCCCAAGAAACUUACCAAGGCUCAAGCUGCAAAAUUAGCUGCUGCUGAAGCGAAAACUGCUGCUGAAGCGAAAACUGCUGCUGAGAAAGUUAUUACUGAAAAAGCAGCUGAGGAAAAUACUUCCGCAAGUUCUCAAAAUAAGCAGUCCACGGAACCUUCUACAAAGCCUAAGAAACUUACCAAGGCUCAGGCUGCAAAAUUGGCAGCUUCUGAAGCAAAAGUUACAGCGACUGCUUCUACUUCUACUUCUACAACCGCUACCACUUCUGAAAAGGUCCCUGAGAAUUCCCAAGCAAAACCUGCUGAACCUGCUAAACCUGCUGAACCUGCUAAACCAAAAAAGCUCACCAAAGCACAAGCCGCUAAACAAGCUGCUGAGGCUAAGGCCGAAUCUAAUGCCUCUGCAAAUUUACCCGAGGCUGUAAAGGAAAAACCAGUUGAACCCAUUGCUAAGCCUAAAAAGCUCACAAAAGCACAGGUAGCUAAGCAAGCAGCUGCCGAAGCCAAGGCUGCUGAGAUCAAGGCUGCUGAGAUCAAGGCUGCUGAGAUCAAGGCUGCUGAAGCCAAAACUGCUGGAUCUUCUGAAACUCUUAAAGCCACAGAAGCUCCCAUUACUAGCUCUCAAAUUCUUGCUUUGGAAGCUUCUCAGGGAGAAUCUGAAAUUACACCUACUAGUACACCUUCGGCACCUCCCAAACCUUCAGGAUCUUCAACUAAACCAGCAACUACCAACCCUGCUGCAAACAAUCAUCUUUCUGGGAAAGGAUCACCCAAGUCUGUAAAAGACAGUGAGUUGACGGUGGAUGAGAAGGAAGCACUGCGCCGAGCAAAGUUAUUUGAAAAGCCCAAGAUCCCUAACUUGUUUGGGCAGACUCAUAAGGCCGAAGUGUUAAAGGAAAUCCACGAAAAGAUGCGUCUUGCAGAAGAAAAAAAGACAAAGGAACGGGCAUUAAAGAAGCAUUCAGAUAUUGAUGCCACGGAUGACAGUAACGAUGACGACACAAUUUUUAGCAGCAAGAAAACUGGGCAUGCUAAUGGAAGUACCAAAGCCAAGUCUUCCAAGUUGCUUAUUGGAGGAAAGAUUCCAGACCUUACACCAAAGGAAUCGGGAGUAAUUGAUCCCUCUGUCACAGGAAUGGCCAUUAGACUACCAUCUUUGAAAGCUUUUGAAAAAAAUGCAGUUGAGCCUAAGAAAACAGAGUCCAAAGAGUCAGCCAAAAGUCUUGUUUCCCAUGAGCCCAAGGACCUGAUUGCCAAGUUAAACAAGCGGGCAGUUUCCGAAGCUGCAGACAGCGACAUUGAGGUUGUUUCUAUUGAGAAGCUUCCUGUUAAUACUCCUCACAAAACUCCUUUAGAGACCUCAGAAGAUGUUGAAAUGCCAGAUGCUAAGGAUAUAGAAACCAAGAGCUCAGAAGAAGAGACAAACGGAGACGAUGAAGGUACUGAUUCUACGGACGACGAAAGUAGUGACGAUAGUAGUGACUCUGAGAGCGAGGACGAAAGCUUGCCUCUGCCAUCGACUCAGCUUAUUGAUGCCGGUGACCCCAUGGAUGUUGAUGAUGACAGUAGCAGUUCUUCUUCUAGCAGCAGCAGCAGCGAGGAUGAGAAUAGCGCUCCAACUUCUGCGCAAUCGCAAAAAUCAUCAUCGUCGAGCUCUCUGUCGAACCACAACCAACCUGAAGAGACUGUCCCAGAAAAGGGUGAGGUGAGAUUGCCAGGAAUUUCAACCACGUUGUCGUCACUCGCUGCAAACGCUCCACGUAAUGUGCAUGAAGUGUCGGCAGCACAGCUUGCGCUAACAAGCCUGCGGAAACCCAAUGCUGUGGCUUCGACUGAACCCAAAGAUGAAGAUGAUGAGAGUGAAGAGAGCGGAGAAAGUAGUAGUGGGAGUGAAAGCAGUAGCGGGUCUGAAGAUGAAGUUGAAGCUGAGGCUGAGGCUGGGAAAAAAACAAAAAAAGGUAACCAGCAACGGGGACAGGCACCCAAGCCUGGGACCAAGAAUGGGAAAAACAUGGCGCCAGUGCCUGGAUCAAAGAGUACCAACAUGUCUGGCGGAGUUCAAAAGACUGCGACCUAUGCGAAAAAGAAACAAGCAGCUGCUAGACGUUUCCUGAGUUUGUUUUCGUAA